AUGUCCCAAAUCAGAGAAAAGAACCCAGACGAUGUUGUUGUUGUCGCCGCCUACCGUACCGCUUUGACCAAAGGUGGUAGAGGAAGCUUCAAGGACGUUGGUUCUGACUACAUUUUGAACAAGUUAACAGAGCAGUUUAUUCAAAAGACGAAGGUUGAUCCUUCCCUCAUUCAAGACGUUGCAAUUGGUAACGUUUUGCACAUGAGAGGUGGGGAUUUCGAGCAUAGGGCUGCACUCAUGGCUGCCGGUAUCCCUCAUACAACUCCAUUCAUUGCAAUCAACCGCUUUUGUUCGUCGGGUCUUAUCGCGGUCUCCCAAGUCGCCAACAAAAUCAGACUUGGAGAGAUUGAAUGUGGUUUGGCUGGUGGAGUUGAGCUGAUGUCAAAGGACUAUGGACCUAAUGCUAUAGUCCAAUACGACAAUGCUUAUGUAAACCACCCGGAAUUCCAGAAGAACCAAAUUCCAAUGGGAAUUACCAAUGAAAAUGUCUGUGACAAAUUUGGUAUUUCUCGUGCGGAACAGGACCGUUUUGCAGCUUCAUCCUUCAACAAGGCUGAAAAGGCUCAAAAGGAUGGAUUAUUUAAAGAAGAAAUCCUUCCUAUUGAAGCCUUUGUUGAAGAUGAUGAAGAGGAAGAUGAGGAAGGUGAUCCAGUUGAAAAAAAGGUGGUGGUUACAGAGGACGAAGGAAUCCGUCCAGGCGUUACCGCCGAAAAGCUUGCAAAGAUUAAGCCAGCUUUCAAGAAGGAUGGUUCAACCUCAGCUGGUAAUGCCUCUCAGGUGACUGACGGAGCAGCUUUGGUAUUGUUGAUGAAGAGGUCAUUUGCAGAAAAGCACGGAUAUCCAGUCCUUGCCAAAUAUAUUGGUUGUUGGGUAGCCGGUGUCCCACCUGAGAUUAUGGGAAUUGGUCCAGCCGUUGCUAUUCCAAAGGCUUUACAAAAAACUGGUCUUAAAGUUGAUGACAUUUCUGUUUUUGAAAUCAAUGAAGCUUUUGCUGGUCAAUGUUUGUACUCUAUUCAAUCUGUUGGUAUUCCAGAAGAAAAAGUCAAUUUGAAAGGUGGUGCUAUUGCUUUAGGUCACCCUAUGGGAGCUACUGGUGCCAGACAAUAUGCUACAAUCUUGCCAUUGUUGAAACCUGGUGAAAUCGGUUUAACUUCUAUGUGUAUUGGAACUGGUAUGGGUGCCGCUUCUGUUAUUGUUAGAGAAUAA